AUGAGCCGCACACAAGUCUACGAUUGGUACAGACGUUUCCAAUAUGGCCGGAGAAGUGUGGAUAGUGAUGAACGGUCAGGGAGACCCGCAACCAGCAGAACGAAUAAAAACAUCGCAGAUGUGCUUGAAGCUUUGAAGAGAAAUCGAAAAAUCACCAUCCGUAAGUUAUCAAAGGAUGUGAACAUUAGUUACGGUUCGGUUCAGUCCAUUAUCACCGAAGAUUUGGAUAUAAAACGCGAGCCUGCGAAAGUCGCUAAAAUGUCUGGUACUGUGAAAAACAAACCGGCGACACCUAAGAAGGCAGCAUUGAAGUCUGCCAACUCUCCCGCAAAAUCCAGUGUAGUCAAACCCGAAGAAGCCAGCGAAGAAUGUGAAGAAGCAGAAACCCGUCAAGAAACUAACAGCGAAGAAAGCUACCAAAAAAAUUGUUAUCUUUGGAAUAUUAAGAAAUGA